AAUAACUAUAAAGGCCUUUCCCUCGCAUGACGCCCCACCCUCAAUGCGUUCCUGCGAGAUGGUUGGUCCGCUCCAGACCUCCGUGCGUCUAAACGUAAUCGGUGAUUGGAGAAACGGACAUGACAGAUGGCCCGCUUGGCCACUCAGCCGCAGGACCUUGUUAGUUCCGGGGCAUGCGUUCAGAAUUGGUGACCUCCACCGGUCUCAGCUUCUCCCUGAGGGAUUAUGGCUGCGGCUGCAGACCGCUGAGACGCCCGCGAGAAGCAAGAGGCGAGGCUAUUCUGAGGCUUUUCCUGAGGUCCCCUCAGCGAUGGCGCUUCGGUCACGGUUCUGGGCGUUGUCGGUUUGCAGAAACCCCGAGUUUGGGUUUGCAGCCCUGUCAACCAGUUCCAAAUCAGCAGUGAAGCCUGAAGUGGCUAAUGAAGCUGUUGCCUCCGAGUUCACCAACCGCAACCCCCGGAAUCUGGAGCUCUUGGCUGUAGCCAGGAAAGAACGAGGUUGGGGGACAGUGUGGCCCUCUCGUGAGUUCUGGCACAGGUUACGAGUUAUAAGGACUCAGCAUCAUAUAGAAGCAUUUGUUGAGCAUCUAAAUGGCCAGAUCGUGGUUUCGGCAUCCACUUGUGAGUGGGCUAUUAAAAAGCACCUUUAUAGGACCACAAACGUGGUGGCUUGUGAGAGUAUAGGACGAGUACUGGCAGAGCGAUGCUUACAGGCAGGGAUCAACUUCAUGGUCUACCAACCCACCCCUUGGGAGGCAGCCUCAGACUCGAUCAAACGACUACAAAGUGCUAUGACAGAAGGUGGUGUGGUGCUACAGGAACCGCGGAGAAUCUAUCAAUAAAAUAAGAACAUUCAUUGUUGUGAACUUGUAAAUAUGAAACUAUCAGCUAUUGCGUCCGUCAGAAGAGAGCAUGUGGAAGAACACCAGCUUGGAAGUUUUGUAACAAUCACGUAACAGUGGGAUAUUGUUUGAAGUAAAGCUCACAUUCCCCCCUCCCCUUUGUGCCGGUGUGUGUGUUUUUUUACAUCAACAGGUGAAUUCUUCCUCUGUCGUGGACACUAGAGAAAUAGCUGAGAAAAGCAGUUGCCAGUUUUAAUUAGCUUUUGCAGGACAAAUUAAAACUUGUUUUUAAGUUAAAGAAUAAAGGCAUAUUGUUAUUAACUCUUA